UUUAAUGGUUCCAUCUGAUGUUCCAGAUUUGUUUGUUUUCCACCUGCACCCUCCCACUCCGCUCCAUUUGCAUGGCAACCCUCCACCAGCCAGCUGCUGCUUGUGUCUUUCUUCGUGUUGAAUUCUAAUCAUUACUUUCAAAGGAGAGCAUUUCGUAAGGCUUCUUUAUCAAGUGGUCAUCCCGGGAGGAGGGAAUUCACUCAGGCUGCUCUUCUUAAGACGUCUGCUGGGGUUCACUUUCUAUUUGUGACCUGCUUCUUCAAGUUUGGACAGAAAGGCACAUGCAGGAAAAAGGUAAAAAAGUGAAGCCAUGAGGUUGAUUCUGGUUAAACCCACCAAUGCAACAAGACGUCUUGACUCAACAGGUGAAGUCUUCCGAGAUGGAGAUCAUGAACAUUUUACUACAGGAGGUCCUGAGAAGAAGCAUGAUCCAUACUCUGAAACGUCAGGUGACACAUCCUCGUCCCCACCAGAGAAAAGUCAGGGUUUUGCUUCGUCUAAAGGACUCAGUCCCCCGAGAAGUUCAGCUCAGCUGGGAACCCAGAACCUCACCCUGUCACAGCUGAGUGACCAGGACUGGCUGCUGCUUUGUGACCAGGUCAGGAGCGCAGAUAAUCCACCCUCCGGAGGAAGAGCGUGUGUUUGUCCUUGUCCUGAUGUGCACCAGUGUUCUGAGACUUCUAGUUUUCUACCACACUCAAAUCGAGGCUCUCUUAAAGAGAGCCUCUCCAGGGUGAGAAAUAAGAGGAGCAUUUCAUCAGCUCACACACAACUUUUCUCCCAAAGCACCCACCGUUCCACCACUCAUUCUCCACAGCAAAAAAACCACAAAGAUCUUCAAAAACUUGCAGCAAUCCACCCAACAAAUACUGUCAUGCCUCAGAGCGCUGACCAAGAAGGUCAGAAAAAACAGCCUUGCUGUCAUCCUAAACUGAAGGACUGCACCCAACUGACUUGUCCAAAUGUGUUCAACAUUCCUCUAAAAUCCAUUGAAUGUGAGACAAAUAAGCCGCUUCAGAAACAGCCUCAACUCUCGGUAAUCAACUGGAAAGAGAUUUUUGGUAAAGAACCACUGUUGGUGCAGCAACACCAAACAAAAGACUCUCGCUGUUCGGUAACUGGUGACCAAACAUGCAAGCCAUCCGGAGAUCCGUCCUUCGUACUCAAAUGCCGUCAUCUCCCUUAUUGUCGCCCGGCCAACACGCAGAAAUCACAGAAACCUGCCAGUCAAAAAAGUCUAAAAUCUGUCUCCACCAGCCAGUGCAGCUUGCUCGACAACCAGGAUGUAGUGGAGGACGAAACAAGACCGCAAGAAAGCCAGACGAAUUCUCCGUAUCUCUGUGGAUCGAACCCAUCUCUCCCUAAACACUCUCCUCCAAUCUCCGAAACCUUGGAAACGGGCAACAUUCUCAACGGGGAUGCUGCGCGGCCUCUCAGCAGCCAGGGUACUUGGGCAUCUAGUCUCACAGACCUUCAUUCGAGCCAACAACCACUUCAGCUUCUUCACAGUGCCGUCUUUGAAGAUGCAUUCUCUAAAGUUCUGAGAGAAGACUCCAGCAAAGCCAACAGCGAGAACCUGAUCCCAGCAGAGAGCAGCAGACCAGAGAAGAAGACAAAGGACAUUAGCUACCGGCUGGGUCAAAGGAAAGCUCUGUUUGGGAAGCGCAAGCAGCUGAGCGACUACGCUUUGGUCUGUGGGAUGUUUGGGAUUAUUGCCAUGGUCAUUGAGACGGAGCUGUCAAGAGCAUUUUACAGCAAGGAUUCUGUUUAUUCUCAUGUACUAAAGGGUCUGAUCAGUGUUUCCACGGCCAUGCUCCUUGUACUCAUUCUGAUGUACCAUGCCAGGGAGAUAGAGCUCUUCAUGGUAGACAACGGCGCAGACGACUGGAGGAUAGCCAUGACUUUAGAGCGGAUCCUUUUCAUCCUGUUGGAGCUACUUGUUUGUGCCAUCCAUCCAAUCCCGGGUCAGUAUGUGUUCAGCUGGACCACACGUCUGGCCUUCACUUACACGGCGUCUGUGGCAGACGCCGAUGUGGACAUCGUCCUGUCUGUGCCGAUGUUCCUGCGCCUGUACCUGAUUGGACGGGUCAUGCUGCUCCACAGCAAGCUCUUCACAGACGCCUCGUCACGCAGCAUCGGGGCCCUCAACAAGAUCAACUUCGACACUCGUUUCGUCAUGAAGACCCUGAUGACCAUCUGCCCCGGUACGGUCCUGCUCGUCUUCAGUGUGUCCUGUUGGAUCAUCGCAGCAUGGACUGUGCGCAUUUGUGAGCGGUAUCACGAUUCACAAGAAGUGGCCAGCACCUUCCUCGGAGCGAUGUGGCUGAUCUCCAUUACCUUCCUGUCCAUCGGCUAUGGAGACAUGGUCCCUCACACCUACUGUGGAAAAGGGGUUUGCCUGUUAACAGGAAUUAUGGGAGCAGGUUGUACCGCCUUGGUGGUAGCUGUUGUUGCAAGGAAGUCAGAGCUGACCAGAGCUGAAAAACACGUCCACAACUUUAUGAUGGAUACUCAGCUUUACAAAAAGAUAAAAAAUACAGCAGCUAAUGUACUGAGGGAGACAUGGCUCAUCUACAAAAACACCAAGCUGGUCAAAAAAGUCGACCAUGCCCGCGUACGCCACCAUCAGAGGAAAUUCCUUCAAGCCAUCCACCAACUGCGAAGACUCAAAAUGGAGCAGAGGAAAUUAACAGAUCAGGCAAAUACAGUUGCUGAUCUUGCAAAGACUCAGAACAUGAUGUACGAUCUGGUGUCAGAACUCCAGCAUCGGGCCGGAGAGAUGGACAGGAGGGUUGUGGUUCUGGAAGAGAAACUGGACUCCAUCAUCCUGGGUGUGCAGUCACUGCCGGUUGUGCUCUCUCAAGCAAUUGCAAAGCUUCAAAGGGACUUUCUGGAUGAGUUGGCCUGUCGUGUUCAUUUCCUGUCAUCUUCGCUGAGCUCUGAAUGCUGUUCAGCACCCCCCAAGCAACUUUAUCGAGGAUCCACCACACCAGAGACACCGUACAGCUGAUAGGCUUGCAUCUGAGAUUUUUUCUUGUCCUUGUUUGAUUUUGAUUUCAUUUUUUGAGAAGUUUCACUUGUUGAAUCCAAAGGGUUUCUUUUUGUUUUCUCAUCUUUUACUUUACUAUUAUAAAGCUUGGCUUUAGAUGCAGCACAUAACAAUGCUUACUUUCAUAGCAGUGAUUUUCUCCUCUAAUUUAAAUAGAGCUAUUUGGUAUAUUCUUGUCAUCUCUUUUCAAAAAAUACACAAAAUAAAAAUGUGUUUGUAUCUGUUUGAGCACAGAUUUUCAUCUCAAAUUCAUUGUUUCAUUUGGAGCCGAUUCUUUUACUUAGCAAUAAUUCACCAAAAUUGUAAACAUAAAUCUUUUAUUACACUGAAGUCUAUUGAACAUUGAGACAGGUAAAAGCGGAAGUUAGUGCUGAAGCCAAACGUGUUUGGGAGUU